UGUCGGCUCGGUCAUGUGAUCAGCUGUGUCCAAUCACACCUGAUCACAUAGCAGAGCUGGUAAUCGGCAUCCCUCAGAGGGGACAUGUGCACUGAUCAUCAGGGAACUGAUGAUCAGUGUGCCCUGAUGAUCUGUGUAGCCCCACCAGUGCCACCUGUCAGUGUCCAUCAAUGCAAACUGUCAGUGCUCAUCCAUGCCACCUACCAGUGCCACAUCAAUGCCACAUAUCAGUGCCCAUCUGAGCUGCCUUUCAGUGUCACCCAUCGGUGCCAGUCAGUACCACCUAUCAAUGCCAGUCAGUGCUGCCAAUCAGUGCCACCUAUCACUGUCAGUCAGUGCCGCCUAUCAGUGUGCAUCAGUGCUGCCUAUUAGUGCCGCCUAACAGUGCCAGUCAGUGCCGCCUAUCAGUGCCAGCUAUCAGUGCCGCCUAUCAGUACUGCCUUUCAGUG